UGACCUAUUGUAGUCAUGAACUCUCAUUCAACUGACCUUCUAACUAACACUAUCUAUACGCCUAAAAUAGAAUAUAAUUGUUACAACAAACAUUAGUCGUUUUUAUUAUCGUACCAGUUCAUGUAUAGAUCCUUAGUAUUACCUGCACAACAGCCAGUCGCCGGCAAACUGUGUAACCAUGACGACCGAAAAUUUGAAGAUUAUCAAACUUGAGGUGAAAGAUGUUCGCUUUCCCACAUCUUUGGAGGCCCAUGGAUCCGAUGCCAUGCACACCAGUCCGGAUUAUUCGUGCGCCUAUGUUAUUUUGAAAACCGGCAAAGGCACCGAGGGGCACGGCUUGACGUUUACGUGCGGACGUGGUACCGAAAUUGUCGUUAAGGCCAUCCACUCACUUUCGCACCUGGUCGUCGGCCAAGUUGCCUUUGAGAUUUUUAAAGAUUUUGCCGGUUUUUGGCGAAGUAUAACUAGCGAAACUCAGAUGCGAUGGCUCGGUCCAGAAAAAGGCGUCAUUCACUUAGCCGCCGGAGCGAUUAUAAACGCUCUGUGGGACCUAUGGGCGAAACUCUUGAACAAGCCGUUAUGGCGUCUGCUGGUCGACAUGGAUCCGGAGCAACUCGUCUCGACCAUAGACUUUCGUUACAUAACUGACGUUAUCACAAAGGAGGAAGCGAUCCAGAUACUCAAAAAUCAACAGAGCAAAAAGGAAGAAAGGAUCGCGAAGCUGACGGCGAAAGGAUAUCCGGCGUACACCACGCAAGUUGGCUGGUUGGGGUACUCUAACGAUACCAUUUUGGAGCUCUGCCAGAAAUAUUUGGAGCUCGGAUUUACUGCGUUCAAAGUGAAAGUGGGCGAAAAUCUCCAGAACGAUAUCAAUCGUCUCAAACUCGUGAGGAAUGCCAUAGGUUACGAUAAGCAACUGAUGGUGGACGCAAAUCAAGUGUGGGAUGUAGAGCAAGCGAUAGAAUGGGUGAAGAAGUUGUCAGAGUUUAAACUACACUGGAUCGAGGAACCCACAUCCCCCGAUGAUAUUCUAGGCCACGCCGCAAUUUCUAAAGCGCUGAGGCCUUUAGGUAUCGGCGUCGCAACCGGGGAGGUGUGCAGCAAUCGCGUGAUGUUCAAGCAGUUUCUGCAAGCCGACGCUAUGCAGUUUUGUCAAAUUGACGCUGCUAGAUUGGGAGGUGUUAACGAAAUUUUAAGCGUUUAUCUUAUGGCUCACAAACUGGGAGUUAAGGUCUGUCCGCACGCUGGAGGAGUGGGUCUCUGCGAAAUGGUUCAACACUUGCAAAUGUGGGACUACGUUUCCGUUUCGGGCACGAUGAAAGGCAGGGUUAUUGAGUAUGUCGAUCAGCAGCACGAGCACUUUCUUCAUCCCACUUUUGUCAAGGACGCGUGUUAUCAAGUGCCGAAGGCGGCUGGGUACAGCGUAACAUUUUUACCGGAAACUAUUGAAAAGUACGAAUAUCCCAGUGGCUCAGAAUGGGAACGCAUGUUUUCCCAAGGCUUGUUUCACGACCCACGAAAAGUGCUUAAAAGGAUGUCUUCAGCAUAAUUUUAUAGUCGUUUGUUUAUAGUAUACAUUAGUGAGAAUUAUAAUGUGAAUUCCUAAUAUUUUGUGAAAAAAAAACUGAGUACUGUAUGUCGAAGUUUACUAUCGUCAAUGGUGUAGAUAUAAAAUAGUAACUUAUGAGCGAGCAAAAAGUUAUAUGUACUGAUCCUAAACUUAAUCUAUUUCCCAUCUAAAGGAAAUUUGGAUACUUCUACAGCCUGUCCGCCAAUAAGAUCUAAUAAUAUCGCUUAUUUUGUUAAAAACCAACAACUAGACAAAUAAAUUUUUUUAUUUGCAUAUA